AUGGGCUUCGUAACUGGAGGGGAGAUGUCGCCUCACCUCUGUCUAAUUGUGGUGGGCACUGUGAUCGCGCAUGACGAUUGCGCAUCCAUCGUCGGCAGUAGAUUUCUGCAGAAUGUGCAGUUCAAAGGAAUCAACUCAACGUUGAUGAAACUGACGUGGAGUCCACUGCCCACACCACCCAAGGAGAUUACUGACUACACUGUGAGUUGGUCGCUGGGCGGAGCCAUACAGGAGGACAUUGAUACGACUACCGACACUUCAGGCCACGUCUGUGCAGUGGCCGCAACAACAAAGCAAGCAGAUCUGGAUCCUAUGAUGAAUGCAACUGUCAAGUCUAACUCCACCACUGUGUCCUCUUCAGCACAAACCACUUCCACUGCUCCCGUCCAGUCGUCAACCUCCUUGUAA